AUGACAACUCAAACUUGUUUCGAUGAUGAUCCCCGCGUUCAGGAAAUAUAUCGGGCUGGCAAUGGCGGUAAUGGUACUUGCUGGAUCUUAAAGAUAGAUGAUCACUAUAGAGUUCUAAAAAGACUUUUCAAUCGAAGUGGAACUAAAAUAUCCGAAAUGUUUAAGAAUGAGCUGAAAUUCCAAAUACCACUCUCUCCAAUAUACUAUGAUAACUCACAAAAUCAUCCUGGCGAACGUUUUGACUGGAUUUUGAUGGAUUAUAUUCCAGGUAACACUUUAACGAAGUUAAUCAACGGCGGUUACGUUGGCAAUCGUGUUAAGAGGUUAUACAUGCUCGAAAUUUUCGCUGCAAUUGCUUACCAGUUGACUUUGAUGAGAGAAAAGGGAAUAAAGCAUUGUGACCUUAAGCCAGACAAUAUCGUUGUUGAUGGUGAUAUGAUUCCUCACAUUAUUGAUUGGGAUGAUUCUACAACCAGAUUUUCGUUAUCUAUUAAUGAACGUCACGGAACAAUCCCAUUUGCUGCUCCAGAAAUCUUUUCCGCACAGAGAAAAUGCGAAUCUGAUAUUUUCUCAUUCGGAGCUAUCAUGUUUAAUAUGAUUACAGAAUGUUAUCCAUUUGCCAGCGCAUACAUGACGAAAGCAGGCUUACAAUCUCUUGCUAGCCAAUUCCCUUAA